UCAAAAUAAACGUUCUCCGGAUCUUCAAACUCUCAAAAGCAGCAGCUUCGAUAAACCUCAGCAUUCCUACUCGUUCUUUCCACCGAGUCGACUCAGAAAAUGGUUCUAGGCGGUGGAGCAGCUCCCCCAAGAGGAAGUGCAGCAGCUACUGCGAGCAUGAGGAGAAGGAAGACGACAAGUGGUGGUGCUUCAGGAGGUGCAGCAGGGACUAUGCUCCAGUUUUACACAGAUGAUGCCCCGGGACUCAAGAUCUCCCCGAAUGUUGUCCUCAUCAUGAGCAUUGGUUUCAUCGCCUUUGUUGCCGUUCUUCAUGUCAUGGGUAAGCUCUACUUUGUCCGCAGAGAGGCUUAGAGAAGAUUGCUGCUAACGAUGGGAAAACAAAAUUUUAUAUGUUGUUUUAUGGAUCAUGAAUCAGUAGACUUGGGGUUUUGUAAGGUUUCUUUGUACUAUAUGAAUGGUUGAAAGAGAGUUUUAGGCAAUUUUGGUUCUGAGGUUGCUUUACUUGAUUGAAUUCUUGGCCUUCUA